GGAUCCUCACUGGCUAUUGAACUACUCUAAUAGAAUCUCAUCUUUCAAAGAGAAAGAAGGCUCAGAAGUUUAAUAGCCUCUAUUAUUAGCCUUUGCUCAUUCUUCAGUUAGCUCCAAGUAUUUAAAAGUCAACGUCUGGAGCCUUUUUCAUCAGUUUCAUCAGUUCCAACUGAUGCCAUUUGGUGUCAUACAGAAGUAUACAGCUUUCCAGGGGCAGCGCUCAAUUGGCAGUGAGAAAUCAUCCAUGAUUAAUUUACAGAACCUAUCCUAAGCAUCUGGUAGUAGAUUCAGGAUAAUGGCAGUAAGUGACUUGCAGCCAGGUGACCGGGUCUCUGCAUUCUUCAGGCACAGAAGAUGGUUAAAGAAGCUGAGUAAGGAGGGCUUGGAAGGGCCCAGUUCUGCAUGUUUUCAGGAAGGCCUGUCGUGCCAGGUACUUUGAAGAGUCAAACUGGGAGAGGAGGCAGUUUGGAAUCAAAUGGUAAGGGUUAGAGUAAGUAGAGGUAAGCAGCCAUUAAGAUUUUAUUUCCAUGUUAUUUCACUGCUUCUUUCAUAAUCCUUCCCUUUAACUUUCCCGUCCAGGUGCCCAAAUGCUCACAUUCCCAUUCCCAGGAGUAAAAUGCCUGUGGAAGUAGAAGACGGAUGGUGCUGCAAUUGAAUGUGGAGUCAGACUGCUGGGUAGCAGAAUCUCAGCUUCCUCACGCCGAAGGAGGUCUGGCGUGGCUGUUCAUAUUCUAGCUAAGAAGGAGGUGUCCCGAUGCAAGCACCUGGCAUUUUCCCCAUCUUUGCUGCCCGGUCAAAAAUGCUGCCUCUCUACACUCACUUGAUUUCUGGAUCAUGGUUUGAGAAGCCUGGUUCUGCGGACUCCCUAAGUGAAAUUUUCCUAAUAGUGAUUUCCUAAGGUCCCAGCUUAGCUGGUGAUUUUGUAGCUGGCUGAUUUGAAAGAGCAGAAGUGCAUCUAUUUGAAACAUACUUAAGACCGACUUGACGCUGGGCAAUGAGGAUUCAGUGGAAAACCAGACGGACACAGAUCCUGCUCUCCCAAAGCUUAUCUUCUGGUGGACGCAAAAGUUGUUUCCCAACGUCUGCGCUGCACCCAUCAUCAGUUCUGCCCAGGCCGAGGAGUCCUGACAGGGUGAAGUUCACCGUUCCAGCGAAGGAGAACACAGCGUUCCUGCGGGUUAUUGUAAGCUGGCCUCAGCUCUCGGCUGACAAAAUCUGAAAGAACAUAAAAUCGCAGAGCAGCGAAGGAGGCGGGGGUCUGUCAAAGUGGCUUCUAUUAGCGUCAAUACGGCGAAGUCAGGGGACCUCGCUGGAGCCUGAAAAACUUCAAGCCAAACAAACUCUGAGAUCACACCUCCCACCCUCCACCCCUCCUGUCCUCCGGCGAGCCUCGGCCGCCGCCGCGGGACCGCUGCCCCCGGGCAGCCCAGGGGCGGCAGGGGGGCUCGGAGAGAGCGGACUCCGCGGUCUCUUCCCCUUCGUCCCCAUCCCGAACAUGGGCUUCGCCCUGGAGCGCUUCGCCGAAGCCGUGGACCCGGCUCUGGAGUGCAGGCUGUGCGGCCAGGUGCUGGAGGAGCCCCUGUGCACGCCGUGCGGGCACGUCUUCUGCGCCGGCUGCCUGCUGCCCUGGGCGGCGCGGCGGCGCCGGUGCCCGCUGCAGUGCCAGCCCCUGGCGCCGGGCGAGCUGUACCCGGUGCUGCCGCUGCGCAGCCUCGUCCAGAAGCUGCGCGUCCGGUGCGACCACCGCGCCCGCGGCUGCGGCCGCACGGUCCGGCUGCACGAGCUGGCGGCGCACGUCGAGCACUGCGACUUCGGCCCUGCCCGCCGCCGCCGCGGCCGCGGGGACUGCGCCUCGGGGCUGGGGCUGCAGCCGAGACGUGCCCGCGCGGGGGGCUGCGGCCGGCGCCCGGACGCGGGGCGGGCGCGCGCGGGGCGACAGGCGCCUGCGCGGCGGCGGCGGCGGGCGGGGGCCCGGCCUCGGGUUCUCGCCUGGAGGCGGCGCGAGAAGGCGCUGCUGGCGCAGCUCUGGGCGCUGCAGGGCGAGGUGCAGCUCGCGGCCCGCAGGUACCAGGAGAAGUUCGCCCAGUACAUGGCUCACGUCCGCAACUUCGUCGGGGACCUGGGCGACCGCCGCGGCCUGGAUGGAGAACAUAAGCCUUUCACUAUCAUGUUAGAAAGAGAAAAUGACACCUUGGGAUUCAAUAUUGUAGGAGGUCGACCAAAUCAGAAUAAUCAGGAAGAAACAUCAACUGAAGGAAUUUAUGUUUCAAAAAUUUUAGAAAAUGGACCUGCUGACAGAGCAGAUGGCCUGGAGAUUCAUGACAAAAUCAUUGAGGUCAAUGGGAAGGAUCUUUCAAAGGCCACCCAUGAAGAGGCAGUGGAAGCUUUUCGAAAUGCCAAGGAACCCAUUGUGGUGCAGGUGUUAAGGCGAACGCCUCUCAGUAGACCAGCCUAUGGAACCGUCCCAGAAGUGCAGCUCAUGAAUGCCAGCACUCAGACGGACAUCACCUUCGAACACAUCAUGGCCCUGGCCAAGCUUCGGCCACCUACCCCUCCAGUGCCAGACAUCUGUCCAUUUCUGCUGUCAGACAGCUGCCAUUCUCUUCAUCCGAUGGAGCAUGAAUUUUAUGAGGACAAUGAGUAUAUUUCCAGCUUGCCUGCUGACGCAGACAGAACAGAGGACUUUGAAUAUGAGGAGGUCGAGUUGUGUCGUGUUAACAGUCAGGAGAAGCUGGGCCUGACAGUCUGUUACCGAACAGAUGAUGAAGAAGACACCGGCAUUUAUGUCAGCAGGGUAGAUCCAAACAGCAUUGCUGCCAAAGACGGCCGAAUUCGAGAAGGGGAUCGCAUUUUGCAAAUAAAUGGGGAAGAUGUCCAGAAUCGAGAAGAAGCGGUGGCCUUGCUGUCUAGCGACGAGUGUAAGAGAAUCGUGCUGCUUGUUGCAAGGCCAGACAUUCAGCUGGAUGAAGGCUGGCUAGAAGAUGAAAGGAAUGAGUUCUUAGAGGAGUUAAACUUGGAGAUGUUGGAAGAACAGCAUAAUGAAGCAAUGCAGCACACUGCCAAUGAGGUGGAGCAGCCGAAAAAGCAAGAAGAAGAAGAAGGCACAACAGACACAGCCACAUCCUCAUCCAACAACCAUGAGAAGGACAGCGGAGUGGGGCGCACAGACGAAAGCUUGCGAAAUGAUGAGAGCUCAGAGCAGGAGAACGCAGCUGAGGACCCCAACAGCACCUCUUUGAAGAGCAAGAGAGAGCUGGGGCAGAGCCAAGACACUCUAGGAAGCGUUGAACUUCAGUGCAAUGAGAGCUUCGUGUCUGGUGAAUACGUAGACUCCGACUGCACUGGCAACCAAGAUGAGGAGUGUGAAAGAUUCAGGCAGCUCCUGGAGCUCAAAUGCAAGAUUCGAAACCAUGGAGAGUAUGACCUAUAUUAUUCGAGCAGCACAAUUGAAUGCAAUCAAGGGGAGCAAGAGGGAGUGGAACAUGAACUACAGUUGCUUAAUGAAGAGCUGAGAAACAUUGAACUCGAGUGCCAGAACAUCAUGCAGGCUCACAGGCUCCAGAAAGUGACAGACCAAUAUGGAGACAUCUGGGCAUUGCAUGACGGAGGAUUCCGAAAUUAUAACACCAGCAUAGAUAUGCAGAGGGGAAAACUAGAUGACAUCAUGGAACAUCCAGAAAAGUCAGACAAGGACAGUUCUAGCGCUUACAACACAGCUGAGAGCUGCAGAAGUACUCCGCUCACUGUAGACCGUUCCCCUGACAGUUCCCUUCCAAGAAUGAUCAACCUCACCAAUAAGAAAAACCUGAGAAGCACAAUGGCAGCCAAUCAGUCCUCUUCUGGACAGAGCAGUAAGGAGUCCACCGCCACCAAAACCAAAACCACUGAACAAGGUUGUAGCAUGGAAAGCAAGGAGAAGAUACUGGAAAGUGACCAGCUUCCUGACCAAGAGAAGACAGUCAGCGAACACAUCCCUUACCUCUCUCCUUACCACAGCUCCUCCUAUAGAUACGCAAACAUCCCAGCUCACGCCCGGCAUUAUCAAAGCUACAUGCAGUUAAUUCAACAGAAGUCUGCAGUCGAGUACGCUCAGAGCCAGCUCAGCUUGGUGAGCAUGUGCAAGGAGUCUCAGAAGUGUUCAGAGCCCAAGAUGGAGUGGAAGGUGAAGAUUCGGAGCGACGGGACACGGUACAUCACGAAGAGACCCGUGCGAGACCGGAUUCUGAAGGAACGUGCCUUAAAGAUCAAGGAGGAGCGCAGUGGCAUGACCACAGACGACGACACCAUGAGCGAGAUGAAGAUGGGGCGCUACUGGAGCAAAGAGGAGAGAAAGCAACACCUGGUUCGGGCCAAAGAGCAGCGGCGGCGCCGGGAGUUCAUGAUGCGGAGCCGGCUGGAGUGUCUCAAGGAGAGUCCCCAGAGUGGCAGCGAGGGCAAGAAGGAGAUCAACAUCCUCGAACUGAGCCACAAAAAGAUGAUGAAAAAGAGGAACAAGAAAAUUUUGGACAACUGGAUGACAAUCCAAGAACUGAUGACCCAUGGGGCCAAGUCUCCUGAUGGCACAAGAGUGCACAAUGCCUUCUUGUCAGUCACCACUGUAUGACCGAGGGAAUGGAUUGCGACUGGUUUUAAGAGGGUGCUACCAGUUUCGGUAGAGUAUGAUUGCCUCGUUCAAUGUGGCGUUUUUAUAUAUAUUUUGUGACUCUUUAUAGUUUGAAUUUUUUGUAAGCAAAAAUACCUGGUAAUUUUUCAUUUGUUUUUCAUAUAUGGGUACCCUCCUUUUUGGCUAAGAUCUUUCUUUAACUUGUGAUAUAUUCGUAUUACUCGUUUAUAAAAAAAAACAAAAACAAAAGGAAAGAAAACAAAAAAAAACCACUUGCACAAAAAUACUGAGGAGCCAAUUAAUUUCCUACUUUAAUGUAUCUAUUGUAAGUUAAAAUCUGGAUUUAUUUCUCUAGUUUGCUUAUUUUCUACUUUAAUAAGAACCCAAUGCCAAAACAUUUCUAUGCUUGCUUCUUGGCAGAAUGUGUUUUAAAUCAGACCUGUUAAUAAUUAAUCAUGUGCCAUAUCUUGUCUUACACAUAAAAUCCACACCUCUUUUUAACAACCCAUUGUACAUUUAACACAUAAAUGGCCGUUGUCUUUGUCUCAGUAAAGUGUAGGCACAAUCUUCCUGUGAUACGUAGUGACAUUGGUCAUGUAGCUAGAUAAUUGUGGUGAUUGUGACAAUAAAAGAGAAAUAAAUUAUUGAUUAUCCUU